CAAUAACAGAAGGUUGGAAUACUAGUUUGUGCUUGAAUUAAUCCGCUGGUGCACUAUAAAUAAGUUUUGCUAAACAAAGUUGCUUUACUAGCAUUAUUUUAUUAUCCAUAAGGACAUCGUAUUUCAAAAUCGGAUAUAAAAUAUCUAAACUUGGAAAAAAUAUAGAGAAAUGACUACGUUUCUUAUCAAACACAAGACCAGUGGAAAGUUUCUUCAUCCCCAGGGUGGCAGUAGCAAUCCUCCCAACGAUACUAGUUUGGUACUGCACAGCAGUAUCCAUGAGAGAAUGUACUUCCAGUUCGAGGUUGUUGAUGAACGAUGGGGCUAUAUCAAACAUGCUGCAAGUGGGAAAGUUGUCCAUCCCCUCGGUGGAAAAGCUGACCCAACAAAUGAAACCAAGAUGGUUCUGCAUCAAGCCCGUCAUGAUCGUGCACUAUUUGCCAUGGAUUUUUUCAACGACAAUAUUAUACACAAGGGUGGAAAAUAUAUCCAUCCAAAGGGUGGAUCCAAGAAUCCACCAAACGAAACUUUAACAGUUAUACAUGGAGAUAAACACCAAGCUAUGGAAUUCAUUUUUGUUUCUCCAAAAAAUGUUGACAAACGCGUUCUAGUCUAUGCCUAAAAUAUCGUUGAAAUGGACAAAACAGGCGUAUACGUAGCUUGCCUACUCGUUAGCUGUUUUAUAAAUGUAACGAGUUAAACUGCUUUUGACUUUACUUGCUGAGGAAUCAACACACAUUUAGAAACCGCUCGUUUAAAAGAUUGUUACAAAUUUGCAAUUGUUCUUCUAUUUUGUCUAAUAAAUAAUGCAUAGUUGA